AUGAUCUGGGCACCUUUGGUCUUAGACCAAUCGAUUACUGACUGCCAGUACCAUACCUCCUUUUUCUCCGAUCACCGCUACAUGUUGCUCAAGUUCCAUUUGGGUGAUGUGUUUGCGUGUGGUCCGGGGGUAUGGAAAUUCAAUACGUCGCUGCUGUACAGUCCGCAGUAUUGUGCCCUAGUUCGCUCUUUUUGGGCUUUUUGGAAGACGGAGGAGUCCUCUUCCACCUUUUCCUCUUCCCUUGAUUGGUGGGAUCAAGGGAAGUUUUUCCUUCGGGAAAUCACUCGUUGCUUUGGUCGUGGUCGAGCUGCCGAACGGUCUAGGACUAAAUUGGAUCUGGAACGACAGCUCAAGCGCUUGCCGUGUUUGUUUGACGCCAGUGACUCUUCUGCCUUCUCUCAACUUUGUGCUGUGCAAGAGGAGCUUCAUGCAAUACACCUUCAUGAAGCCAAGGCCUCGCAAGUACGUGCACGCUGUCGAUGGGCCGAAGAAGGAGAAACAUCCUCCUUUUUCUUUUUAAGUUUGGAGAAAAAGCGCCGGGCCAAGCAGGCAAUUACUAGUAUUCGUGACCCUGACACAGGACUCAUUCACCAUGAUCCGUUUAAGAUCUUGGCGACAUGGCGCUCCUACUACCAACGCUUGUUCACGGCUGAGGACUGUGAUCGAUCCGAGCAGGACAUCAUGCUGGGUCGUUUAACUCGCCGUUUGAGCAAGCCGGAGGUCGACUCCUGUGAAGGGGAGUUAUUGGAACCGGAAUGUCGUGCUGCUCUUCACGGCAUGUCCUGUGGCAAGACACUGGGUUCUGACGGAUUCCCGAUGGAAUUCUUCAUUUCUUUUUGGGCCCUUCUUGGCCCAGACCUUGUUCGUAUUCUGAACCUUGCAUAUCGAACUGGUCACCUUUCCACCUCACAACGUCAAGGCAUCAUCAUAGUUUUGUACAAGAAAGAUGAUCGUCUCGAAACUAAAAAUUACCGCCCCAUUAGUCUACUAAAUGUGGACUAUAAGAUUGCCACUAGGGCUAUUUCUGGCCGUCUUUUGGGUGUCAUUGACUCAAUUGUCGGCUACGACCAAACGUGUGGCAUCCCGGGUCGAACCAUCUCCGAGAACCUCAUGUUGAUACCUGAUCUCAUUGAGUAUGCUGAUCGGGCAGACAUCCCCCUUGCCAUUCUCUCUUUGGAUCAAGAGAAAGCUUUCGAUCGGGUCGAUUGGUCUUUUCUGCAAUGUAUCCUCGUCACGUUUGGUUUUGGAGAUUCAUUCCGGCAAUAG